AUGAAGAAUCUUCUUUUUUUUUAUAUUACAUUAUUUUUAUCAUGUAACAGUUAUAUAAUAAAUUUUAAAAAUGACAAUAAUAGUUUGAUUUUCAGAAAAGUAUGGAAUAAAAAUAAUAGAAAAUUACCAAAUAACUUUAAAUUAUAUAUGAAAAGAUUAAGAAAUGCAUAUGUUGAAAUUGAUUUAGAAAAUAGAAAAGAUUUAACUAAAAUUGAAAUUAUUAAAAUGUUCUUAAAAGGAGUAAAAGAAUGUAAAAAUGUAGAAUACUUAAAAGAAAAAAUGAAAGGUCAUGUUCCUCCUACAACUAAGAGAAAAUUAAUGAAACAAAAAAGAAUGGUUAAUUUAAGAAUUCAUAUAAAAAAUACUAGAAUAAAAAAACAAGAAGAAGUAGCACCACACAAAAAUAUUCUUAAUUUUCCUUUAAACCAGUUAAAAAAUAUUAACGCAGCUGUUUUAUAUUUUAGGCAUUAUUUUGAAAAAUACGAAAAAAACACAAAAUAA